UACUGGUGAAUUCUUGUGAUACAGGAUCUUACUGUGGCUUGCUAUUUGUAUUAGGAUACAUCGGGAUAUUAUCUCGAAUAGCUCAAGUUCAUGCUUGGUUUAUUAUAACCCUGAUAGCUUUAUGGGAUGAUAUGGUGUUGCACAGAUUGUUGUUGGUCUCUAGUGGCUGCAGAUAUGUUGUUGCAGAUCAGUUGAGGGCGGUAUUUUGCCAGUGAUUGACUGAUGGGCAGGUGUUCUGGCAGAUGUUGAUAACAGUGGGACCAUUGAUUAUGGAGAAUUUAUCGCAACUAUGUUACAUCUCCACAGAGUUGACAAGGAAGACCAUCUAUGUGCAGCUUUUGCGUACUUUGACAAAGAUGAACGUGGAUACAUUACAAAAGAUGAACUACAACAAGCAUGUCAAAAUUUUGGCAUGGAUGAGGUUCAUGUGGAAGAAAUUAUUCAUGAAGCGGAUCAGGAUAAAGAUGGUCGUAUAGAUUAUAAUGAGUUUGUUGAGAUGAUGCAAAGAGGAAAUAUUGAUUUGGGUAAAAGACAGAAACCUCCAGUUACUGCACAACCAGGAGUAUUAGAUUACAUAGGGAAAGGCUGGCAAUUGCAUUUGGGCUCCUAAGAACAACUGAACUAACCAGUAACAAGUAAUGCGGUCUCGCACAACUAGUUUACUGAUGAGCCUAGAGAAACAGACUUCAUUUACUAGGUGUUGUCAAGUUGGACAAUCUGAAGGUUGCAACUUAAAAACCCUUGAUUUCUUUUAAGUAUCUUGUUAGCAUGGUCCAGAGUCAUAUUU